CGCCCGGGGUACGGUCACGUGACGGGGGAGCGGCGCGCGCCGACCGCGGCGCCAAUUGGCGAGCGGCUGGAGCGCGGGGUUUCAUGGGAAGGAGUUGGCCCGGCCUGUCUCUCUGUCAGUGGCGGCUGCUGCCUGCUCUGGAGGCAGGCUGGGCGGUGGCGGCCGAGACUGGCGGGGGUGGACGCCCGGGCCGGGCUGCGCCCGCUUCUUGCAGCUGUGAAUUCCUUUGGACAAUUGAUGAUAUUUAUCAUUGUGCCCAGUUUCUACAAAUAAAAGAUGGGUGGAUUAUUUUCUCGAUGGAGGACAAAACCUUCAACUGUAGAAGUUCUAGAAAGUAUAGAUAAGGAAAUUCAAGCAUUGGAAGAAUUUAGGGAAAAAAAUCAGAGAUUACAAAAAUUAUGGGUUGGAAGAUUAAUUCUGUAUUCCUCAGUUCUCUAUCUGUUUACAUGCUUAAUUGUAUAUUUGUGGUAUCUUCCUGAUGAAUUUACAGCAAGACUUGCCAUGACACUCCCAUUUUUUGCUUUUCCAUUGAUCAUCUGGAGCAUAAGAACAGUAAUUAUUUUCUUCUUUUCCAAGAGAACAGAAAGAAAUAAUGAAGCAUUGGAUGAUUUAAAAUCCCAGAGGAAAAAAAUACUUGAAGAAGUCAUGGAAAAAGAAACUUACAAGACGGCUAAAUUAAUUCUUGAAAGGUUUGAUCCGGACUCAAAGAAAGCAAAGGAGUGUGAGCCGCCAUCUGCUGGAGCAGCUGUAACUGCAAGACCUGGACAAGAGAUUCGUCAGCGAACUGCAGCUCAAAGAAACCUUUCUCCAACACCAGCAAGCCCUAACCAGGGCCCUCCUCCACAAGUUCCAGUAUCUCCUGGACCACCAAAGGACAGUUCUGCCCCUGGUGGACCCCCAGAAAGAACUGUUACUCCAGCCCUGUCAUCAAAUGUGUUACCAAGACAUCUUGGAUCCCCUGCUACUUCAGUGCCUGGAAUGGGUCUUCAUCCUCCAGGUCCACCUUUAGCAAGACCUAUUCUCCCCCGAGAACGAGGUGCUUUGGAUAGAAUUGUUGAAUAUUUGGUUGGUGAUGGUCCACAAAACAGGUAUGCACUUAUAUGUCAGCAGUGUUUUUCUCAUAAUGGCAUGGCUUUGAAGGAAGAAUUUGAAUACAUUGCUUUUCGAUGUGCCUACUGUUUUUUCUUGAACCCUGCAAGAAAAACCAGACCUCAGGCUCCAAGACUUCCUGAGUUUAGUUUUGAGAAGAGGCAGGUGGUGGAAGGUUCAAGUUCAGUUGGUCCCUUGCCAUCAGGAAGUGUGCUUUCAUCAGACAACCAGUUUAAUGAAGAAUCUUUAGAACACGAUGUUCUUGAUGAUAAUACAGAGCAGACAGAUGACAAAAUACCAGCUACAGAACAGACAAACCAAGUGAUUGAAAAAGCAUCUGACUCAGAGGAACCAGAGGAGAAACAAGAGACUGAGAAUGAGGAAGCCUCAGUGAUUGAAACCAACUCCACAGUUCCUGGAGCUGAUUCUAUUCCUGAUCCUGAACUAAGUGGAGAAUCUUUGACGGCAGAGUAGUAAAUGCUUCCACGUGCCUUCAACUGGAUAUUUAUAGUCUUAUUGAUGUCAGUUAUUGCUUUUUCGGUGGCACUUACUUUUUUUGCCCCUCUAAGGGUAUGCUUGUGUAUCAUUUGAAUUCAGAUUGCCUAGGUAUUUGAACAUCUCAAAGUUAUAUAUACUGGGUAUUAAAAUUAAAAGCAAGUUAUAUCAGUGAAGUAAGAUCCUUUUGAAUGUACAAAGACCCACACUAUUGAGACAGCUUUUAGAUACUUUUUUGUCCAUUCUAAAAGUAAGCAAACAUGAUUGCCUUCUUGUUUUCUGUAUGUAUAACCCGUAAAUAUCCAUCUUGACAUAGGAAGAACUUUGGUUAAGAGUAAGUUCUCUAAUUGUGUUUGUUUUAAGGAAUGAAACUUGGUUAAGAUUUUGACUACUUCAUUAUUAAAAAUUGAUAGAAUUUUAGCUCCUGAGAUAUUUACAACUGGGAGAAAUGUCUAUUUAGGUGUUUACAUUAAGCGGUAUGAAAGUUGUUACCACGUAGGCACUGGUACGAAUUCUCAGUAAGAAUGCUGUGGAACAGUUAAGUAGAACUGUAACUACAUUGGCAUUGGUACGAAUUCUCAGAAUGCAAUGAAACAGUCAACUGCAGUGUUUCUUUUUGAUGUCUUUUAUUUUACAACUGGGCCAAAGGCACAUGAUGUAUAUAAUUAGUUUAUAUUUACACACUAGCAUAUAGGAAAUAUUUCUGCACUUGACCCUAUUUGAAUUAUGAGCAUUAUUUAUAAGUAUAAAAUGAUGAUAUAUAAGUGAAUUUUGUGCUCUUGUUUGUAUUUUAUUAAGGAAAAUAAAAAUAAUCUGGCAUCAGUUUCAUUUUGCUAAA